AGCAUUUCUAAUGAUUUUCUAUUUUAGACUUUAGUUCUCCUUUAAUAUAUACCCAGAUAAGAAAACAGAGAUCCAUGUUACUAUUUGGCUCCAGGACAUGGUAUUUAAACUCACAUACAUGUAGCAGAACUUCACUCUCGGAGACAGCUCGUGUAUUCUAUUGCCUAUCCCUGAAUAUAGAUAGCUGCCUAUUAUACAGUAUUUAAUACCUAACUUGAAUUGGUUUAACAUGUAACUCAUUUGAUGUGACGUUGUUGCUUCUGAAUGUAAGUAGUGUUUGGUGAAGAAAUUACUUUUACUUUCACAUUUGAUCCUUAUAAAACAUCCAUCUCCAUCAGCUCAGUGAUUAUUCACCUCGGGGCACAGACAGGGAGUCAGGUCACCGGGAAGGAAAAUGAAUACAAUCCCUGAGCUGACUUGUUAUAUUAAUAACUACAGCCUUAAUGACUGUCCCACUCCCAAGGGCAACCAGGGCUACGACCGGGUCCUCCUCCAGCUCUUUGGGUUCUUGGGACACGGCAAAUCCUCCUUCAUCAACACCUGCAAGUACGUCUUGGAAGAUGGCGACUACCAGAACUAUACAGACUCCAAAAAAUCAGAAGGCGGCGACACUAAAACCAGAGUAACGUAUCCGCUGACCGACACCCUGACGCUGGUGGACAACCGCGGCUGCUCAGUGAUGAACGAUUAUGAGACAGCGGAAGUAUUUGCUCAGCUUGCCAAUUUAUUGCCCCUGGAUCAGGGAGUGGAGUGGAGCAGAGGAUUUGGACUCGCAGAAAGAAUUGUGGAGGCUGAGAAAUUUGUAAAAUCAUCUGACUUUAUAUUCCCUAUUUUUGUCUACAGUGUAACGAAAAACAUUUCUGAUGAAGAAAUUCCAGAGAUCAAAAUGUUGCUUGAAACAGCCAGAGACCUGACAGAGAUCUUUCCUGUUGUGGUUCUGACCCAUAAGACCUGUGGGAAUCUGAGAGAAAUGAAGGACACGUUUGAAAACAUAGGGGCGGAGCGAGUCUUUGCCCUUGAUAAUUUCACCCCAGAAGAUUGCAUCAAAACCAGAGGGAGGCACGAGGAGGUGCUGAAGUUCUUCUGCGAAAUUAUCAAAGAUAUAGAGUUUCGCUUGGAGAGAAUGGGGGAUCCAGAGAAAAAGAGACAAGAAAGGAAGAAAAAAUUACUCAAGUUCAUUCAUGAGCGGGAAAUUAAAAAGGGAGAGGAGGAGCUGGAACUGCAGAAAAUGAAGGAACAAAGGAUGAAGAGAGAAAUGGAGGAAAUGCAAAGAAAGAUACAGGAGCAGAAUAAGGGUUGCAAUGUAUCCUAAACCCAAUGACUUUUUCUUCCAAUUAAGAAUGAGUUCACACUACAUACUUUUUUUUUUCCAUUUUAUAAAAAUGUUUAUUGGGGAUUUUAGAACAUAUACAGAGAUAAAUACUUUUUUUCCAACAAACUUGUAACAACAUGGUCUUACUAAAUAAACUGGUUUUUGCCAAA